AACAACUGUCAGUUUUUAAAACAAGCAGGAGGUAUUAUGCCUGAUGCAUGAAAACCUAUGUUUGUCUUAUAUAUAUAUUAUUGUAUUAAGUCCCUUGAAACCAACAGAUCAAAUAAACAGUUGAGAUUAUAAACAAGAGGCAGGGGGUGUGGUAAGAGAAUAAAUACCUAACAAGCAGUGUCACUUUACACAAACUCGCUGUGAAUAGUUUGUGCUUCUCUUACAACAGUCUUAUUAGAGAACAACAAAAAAAGUCCAAAUACAGCAGUAGAAACGGUUAAAAAGGCACUUCAUGGAUGCUUGCACUCCACUUGAAAGCAGUUAAAGGGUAAUUCCAGCUUCAGUUAAUACACACGUUUUCCAGGUGCUGUACCCCCACCCUGUGCAUCUCACUGUAACAGCAUGGAUGUCAAAGGGCUAAAGGAGUACCUGUCCUGGCUCUACUACCAGUACCUGCUUGUCACCUGCAGCUAUGUUUUAGAACCAUGGGAACAGUCCAUAUUUAAUACUCUGCUAUUCACAAUGGUUACCAUGGUGGUUUACACGGCCUAUGUUUUUAUUCCCAUCCACACACGCCUGGCACUUGAGUUCUUCUCAGGCUUAUUUGGAGGCCAGCAUGAAAGUACAGCAGCCUUCAUGAGCUGACAUUGAAACACUUUAAAGGCAUACAAAACAGACUUGUGUGCUGCUGCUGAAAUAUAUUGAGAAAUGGUAUUUGCUUGCAGAGAAUGACUCUCACCUGCCACAUUUCCUUGUUGAAAUUGUGCAGCUGUACAGUAGUAUCGGGGCAUGUUGGUUUCUAUUCUGUACCUCAGGCUUGACCGUCUCCCAGUUUGUGAAACAUUUAGAACCCGAGUCAGCCAGUCUGUGAUGCAGGGUUUUUGCACAUCAGGAAUUUAAGCCAGUAAAGCUAUUGCAAUCCUUGUUAAGAAAUCUCAGGGGGGGUUUUCCGCAUUCCUGUCAUAAAUGCAGACAUAUCCUCUUAACUCCCUUUGAUCACUGUACUGUAGGGGUUUCUAUUCAGUCUGUAAAGAAAUGCAUACAGUGUUUGGUAAAAUGAAAUUCAACCUAUAGAAUAGUUUGAUUAUCUGCAGAGUUUGAAUGAGAGUAGAAGGAAAUCUUGAUUUGGGUUUUAAGUAUUUACACCUUUACUCUUGAGUUUGCCAUCACGAAGAAUGUUGAAAAAACACUCAUAAUGGAAAAAACUUAAUGUUUGUUUGUUUGUUUGUUUGUUUGUUUGUUUGUUUGUUUUAAUAACAUCCACCCACUCAGAAAAACAGACAAAGACUUAUUGAUGUCAUGCGAUGGAAAUCAAAAUGCCUCAGCAUUCACUGUAAAUAAAUACAUAUUUACAAUUCUGUCUGUGCUAGACCAUAGAGCUUUGCUUGAUUAGUAAACAAUCAGCCUUACUCAUCUACACUCAAUAUUUUGUCCACAGUCUGCCCAGCAGGGAUUAUGAAGGUACCACAGUGAAAUGCUUUGCCUACGAUUGGUUGCCUAAAACCAUCUGAAGGCACACUGAAAAAUAAAAAAAGGAAAAUAAAAUCAAGUCUUGCACUGUAGUUCUGGAAUGUGUUAUUUAACUUUGCAAAGUCUUUAAAUACAAUAAAAAUCUAAAAAAAAACAAAAACAAAAAAAACAAGUUGACUGAGUAAGCAGAUACCUCUUGUCAUGCUUUGUACACCAAGUUAUGGGCAUAUAUAAUUAGCCAGGUAAUUACUGUCUAGCAGAAACAGAAUUUUAAACAUGCAGUAUCGUAUAUAAUGUGGUAAAGUGGUAGGCGGUCAAGGUUGGUCAGCAGCAGGAGUAGCAAACACACAGAGGCACAGUAAGUGCAGUUCAGUACCUUGGCACACUUUCUUUUCACAAAGGUAGGUACUGGCCCUUUAAGAAAACAAACAAAAGCUUAGCUCCACCAAGGAGUAAUAACUAGUUGGUCUGACUAAACACCAGACAGAUAAGCUAUCUACCAGUAAACAAAACAACUAGCUCACUGGCUGUUCUUGACACACAAAGACACAUUUCACUCUGUACCACGAACAGCCACUUCUUUAUGCUUUUAUAGCCUAUGACCAGGGGUAAUUGAUAAUCAAUCAUUAAAUUACACACUUAAAAGUAGUUGUGUUAUUUAAGAAUGCUGUUACGUUAUGAGUCCUUUGUGGUUAUGCAGUACAAGUACAAAAUGAACAGAAACACCAUGAGGGGAUGUUUCUGUUUCCAGGGUUAAUGUGUACAGAGUCAGUACAUUAGAAGACAUUCCUAACCUAGAUAACAGGAGGAGCGUCCCUGUUUGGCAGAGAGAGUGACACAUUGGCAAACAGGGUUUGUGCUUAUGAAGAGCUUGUUUUAAGAUGUCUAAAACACGGUUAAUAUACUGCAGGAGUAAGCUGAGCUGGCACUCUAAUAAACUGUUAAAAGUUCCCACCAGCUGAAUAAACUCACAUGGUACAGAAUUACUUAUUUACGACUGCUUUCCUUGAGGCAGUAUUACCAGCACUUCCUAUUAAAAUACAUGACAAUCAAGAUAACAGAUAAUUCAUAUAAAGGCGGAGUGUCCUUACAGUUGUAUCUAUGUAUGCAUGCAUACAUGUGUAUGUAUUUAUUUUGGUUACAUAUUUUGAAAUCGAUAUAUAUAUAUAAAUAAUAAAACACCAUGGCAUCCUCCUUGUUUAACUUUGGGUCUUGUGAGAUUUCAAAGAGAAAAUAGCUGUAUCUGUUUUGAAUAUACCUGCUGAACUAGAGUGCACACAGACCUAAACGAUAGAUUGCAGUAAGCAGACACCAAAGAAGGAAUUACAUUUAAAGUGACCAUAUGGCUCCGUGUUGAGCGGGAUAGUUUGGGACAGUUCAGGCUUUUCAACUCACA